CCCUAAAAGCUGUCUCAUGGGUUGGCCUCAGAUUUCCCGCUGAUUUCCCCAAACAUGACGGUGGCUUGCGCACCGCGCAAGGCACCUCCCGAGCGCCCAGAGAGGCCUCCUUUUUCCUGGUGCUGCGUGGGGAUUCUUUUGCUGGCUUUAGUGUUCCCGCUACCCUUAUUCGCCUUCGUUGUCUGUCCUGAUCCACCGAAACUGAAGAGUGCGGUACUCACGAGUGCCCCUCAACAACGUUAUUAUCCUGGGGACACAAUAGAGUAUCGGUGUCGCCCAGGAUACCUUCCAGAUCCAUUUGAAACCCGGAGAUCUUUCUGUGAGGCAAAUGGCUCAUGGAGCCGUAUUGACGAGGCUUGUUUUCGAAAAUCAUGUCUGAAACCAAUAAUAGAACAUGGUGAAAUAUAUGCCCCUCAAAAAAACUUUAAGUUUGAAUCAGAAGUUCACAUUUCGUGUAUUGAAGGUUAUCACUUAAAAGGGAAAGGUAUUCUAACUUGUCAACUUAUUGGACAGAACGUGUUUUGGAGUGAUAGAAUGCCACAAUGUGAAAGGAUUUACUGUGGACGACCUCCAAAAAUAAAAAAUGGAAAACAUACCAAUAGCUACAGGAAUAUAUUUGAAUAUAAUGAAUUAGUAACUUAUACUUGUAAUCCUUCAAAUGGACCAGAUGAAUAUUCACUUGUUGGAGAAAGCAAACUUUUUUGUUCUGCACCUGGCAAAUGGAGUAGUGCCCCUCCUCAGUGUAAAGUGGUCAAAUGUGAACGUCCAGAACUCAAACAUGGAGUCAUAGUAUCGGGAAGUAGAGAAAAUUUUUCCUACCAAGCAGUGGUGAUAUUUGGAUGCCUGCAAGGUUUUUACCUUAAUGGCAGCAACGUGGUGUUCUGUAGUGGCAAUAAUACGUGGGAGCCUGAGAUACCAAAGUGUAUUAAAGGUUACAGGCCAACUCACCCAACCAAGAAUCCAGUUGACAAAUAUCCAGGCUAUCCUAAUCCCGAUUUUGAAAUACCAUCACUUGACGACUUUGAGGAUUUAGAUGCCGGAAUCAUUGCUCUUAUGGCUCUUACUGCGAUUGUUGCUGUUGCAGUAGUUUUCACCUGCCUAUACAGAUGUCUUCGCAGUGAGAAGGAGGUGGUGAAGGAUAAGAAAGGGGAGGAGGAGGCGGAGCAGAAGGAGGAGAAGAAGGAGAAGGAGGAGGAAACGGAGAAGAAGGAGGAAAAGGAGAAGAAGAAAGAGAAGAAGGAGAAGAAAGAGAAAAAGGAGAAGAAAGAGAAGAAGAAAAAAGGGAAAAAAGAAGCUGGUGCUGUAUCCGCUACUCAAAUGGAAAAACCAACCAGUCCAUCAGUGCAGAAGCACUAAUUUUUCUUCCACAAACCCAUAUAUCAGUUUAUCUUUUGAUUCUGUUAAUAUGUUAAGAUCUAUAGUAAAUUCAUACAGAAACUAUGGAAAAGCAUAUGUAUGUUCCUCAAAAAAUUAAAAAUAGAGCUACUAUAUGAUCCAGCAAUUCCACUGUAGGUAUAUAUCCAAAGAAAACAAAAUCAUCAGUGGAAGAGAUAACAGCACCCGCUGUGUAAUGCAGCAUUGUUUACAGUAACCACAAUAUGGAAACAGCCUAAGUGUCCAGUGUCAAAUGAAUGGGUGAAGAAAAUGUGAGGUAGAUAUAUAGAUACACACACACACACGUACACACACCUAUAUAUACAUUCAUAAAUAGAUACAGACAGUGGAAUACCAUUCAACCAUUAAAAAGAAAACCCUGCCAUAUGUGGCCAUACUUAUGGAACUUGAGCACAUUAUGGUAAGUAAAUAAGUCGUACAGAAAGACACAAAUACUCUAUGAUCUCACUUAUAGGUAGAAUCCAAAAAUCCACACACAGAAAAAGAAAUAAGAUUUCUGGUUGCCAGAGGCAGGGGAUGAGGGUGGUGUAAGAAAUGGGUGAAAGGUGUCAAAAGGUACAAAGUAGCAGGUAUAAGAUAAGUACUAGGAUAUCAUGUACAGCAUGGUGACUAUAAUUAGUAAUGCUGUGUUGUAUACAGCUGACUCUGUAUUUGAUGGUCUCCCAUCCAUAUCUGUGGCUAUGGAGAGCUGGUUGUGCUUUUCCACAAUAUAUAAGAGACUUGAACAUUCAGGAUUUUAUUUGUAGGGGAAGAGGAUGGGAAUCUGGAACCAAUCCCCCUCAGAUAUCAAGGGAUGACAGCUUUACAAGUUGUUAGAGGGUAGGUCUUUGAUGUUCUGAUCACAAGGAAGAAUAAAAAAAAAUUUUUGUAACUAUGAGAGGUGAUGCAUAUUAAGAAUUUAUUGUAAUCAUUUCAUAAUAUUUACAUUAUCAAGUCAUGCUGUAUACCCUCAACUUAAACAGUUUUAUACAGGUUACCUCCUUUUCUUCUUCACUUUGUCACACGUUGCAGAGAUGGCAAUUUUCACAGUUUAUGGAAACCCUACACCAGCAAGUUUAUUGGUGCCAUUUUCCCAACAACAUUUACUCAUUUUGUGUCUCUGUGUCACAUUUUGAUAAUUCAUGCACUAUUUAAAUUUUUUAUUAUCAUCAUUUUGUUUGUUAUGGUGAUCUCUGUUCAAUUAUAUUUCAUGUCACUGCUGUUAUUCACUGAAGACGCAAAUAAUUAUUAGUACUUUU